AUGGCCCAGUACCGCCACCUUCAAGGAUGGACAUCAGUGGCGCCACGCGUAAGGCAGUCCGAGGCCUUUGUUCAGCGGGAGCUUAUGGGGCGCUACAGGCUCUUUGGCUUAGGGCCAGAACACGCUCUGCUCUGCUCUGCGCUACCAGCACUAGAGACGCUGCACUGCUGCUGCUGCUGCAGAAACGGCCAUCAGUCAGCCCCCCCAGGCCCAGGUCAAGUCACCGUCACGGACCCCAUGUCGAAAUUUCCCAAUCCAUCUUCGCCUUUGCAGACAAUUUCGCUUCAGAUUAAUGCGACCGAUGCCCAGCGGGGAAGCGUCUUGCCCUCCAUCUCGCCAUCCGACGCGCCAAUUCGGCCUCUUGCCACCGCGAUCUCGCCCUCGGAGCCAUCGUCGAAUGCAUUGACGCCGCCAGAGGCUGAGCCGGAGCCUGACCCCGAGCCCGACGCUGCAGACACGCAAAGGGGUUGA